GUUUAAAUCAUUUUGUAAGCUACAUAAUACAAAAUGUAUCUUUUACUAAUUGGAGUAAUUAUUUGCCAUUUUAACUUAAUAAAAACACAAGAGAUAUUUGAAUCGGAUGUGAAUAUGAGAGUUGAUGCAGGAUCUAGAACAUGCAUUUUCGAAAAAGGAAAGUCUGGACAAAUUAUGGAGUUUUUUUAUCAAGUCCUGGAUGGUCAACAUGGAGAUUUAGAUAUAUCAGUGGAUGUCUUCAGUCCAAACGGUGAUAAAAUUAUUUCUGACCAUAAGAAGUCGCAAAAUUCCAUAAUAAUGGAUUUGGAACACGAAGGUGAUUAUAUUUUCUGCUUAGACAAUACACAUAGUUUAAUCAAUUCAAAACUUGUUUUUAUAUAUGUGGUGAUAGAAGAAAGAGAUAAAAAACAAAACGGUGACGUGAGUGCUAUAGGGGAAGAUGGAAAGGAAGAUAAAGAGGAAGAAAUUGUUGAAUGGUUUGGUGUAGAUGAAAAUGGCGAAACAUAUGUUAUACCAGUGUCAGUCAUUAUUGACUCUAUAGCACGUACACUUAACUAUGUGAUACGAGCGCGCCAUAUGUUAGAUAUCUACAGUGCCACUAAAACCCGAGAUGGAUACCUAGCAUUAGAAGACACAUUUAUUGUUGAUGUGUGGUCAGCAUGUCAGGUUACUUUUAUGAUUUUUGUUGGAACUUUGCAAGUCUAUAUGAUAAAAAAUUUAUUCAAAGGACAUAGUAGAAUAUAGAUAAAUAAUUAUUUU